GAAUCAUGUCACUCUCCACCGUCGCAGUAGGCUUCCUCGUCCUUCUCCUCUUAUCCCGUGCCGCGGCGGUGGCCAUUGAUUUCCUCCCAUCGGAAGAUGCAGAAGCUAGAAUCGAGCGCUUCCAGCAAUACCUCCGCAUUCAGACCGCCCACCCGAACCCCGACUACGCCGGUGCGGUCUCCUUCCUUUCCACCCAGGCUCGCUCUAUUGGCCUCGAAACCCUAACCAUAGAGUUCAAGCCAGGAAAACCCGUCCUCAUCCUCACCUGGACCGGCUCAGAUCCAUCCCUCCCUUCCCUCCUGCUCAAUUCCCACAUCGAUUCCGUCCCCGCCGACCCCGCGCACUGGAUUCACCCACCUUUCUCCGCCUACCGCGACUCCGAUGGCCGUAUAUUUGCCCGCGGUGCCCAGGAUGACAAAUCCAUCGCAAUCCAGUAUCUCGAGGCCCUCCGCAACCUCAAAGCUCGCGGCUUUUCUCCUCUCCGGUCUAUCCACGUUUCUCUCGUCCCCGAUGAGGAGAUCGGCGGCUCAGAUGGAAAUGAAAAGUUUGUUGCCUCCGAGAAGUUUAGGACGCUCAAUGUUGGCUUUGUGCUCGAUGAGGGCCAGGCCUCGCCUACGGAUGAGUUCAGAGUCUUCUAUGCCGAUCGCUUACCAUGGUCGCUAAUCGUUAAUGCGGUGGGUGCGCCCGGUCACGGAUCGAAAAUGCAUGAUAGCUCUGCAGUGGAGAAUCUGAUGGAAUGCGUGGAGACUGUUGCUCGAUUCAGGGAAAUCCAGUUUGAUUUAGUCAAGGCUGGUAUCAGGGCCGGUUCCGAGGUCAUCUCGGUGAAUCCUGUGUACCUCAAAGCGGGCACGCCAACUCCUACU